AGAAUUUAAUUGAUACGUUUGAAAAGAUUGUUAGUGAUGAUUCAGUAUUUACAGGAUUUGUAUCACUUCAUAAACGAUUUAGAAAUAUUCUUAGAGAUGCUAAACCAACUAAAUCUUUAUAUCAAGUAUGGUUAGUUAUAUAUAAUCGAUGGUUAGAAUUAUUAGAGAUUAAAGAUGAAUCCCUUGUAUUUAAACAUUAUACAGGAUUCUUAGUCUCUACUUCCGGAUGUUUCUUAUCGACUAAUUUUUCAAAUAAUGAUCCUAUUCAAAAGGAGAAAUCUUUUAAUUAUAUUAGUGAUUUCUUUGAUAAAUGUAUUGGAUUACUUACAUUUCCUGAUUUAGGAAUUCGAUUAGUGGUUACUGAUGCCUUAUCUAAUGAAUCUCAUUCUGAUGUAUAUCAUUUAAUUUCGACUAAAUUAAUGACGGUAGGUAAUGUUUAUGCAGAAAAGAAAAUCAUUAAUGAUGAAUCAGUACUUUAUAUUGAACAAGCAUUAGUAAUAAUAACUAAUAUGAUAACCAUUAAGAAUGAUGGAGCCUUUCUUUUAGUAUCUUUAUUACCCAAUAUUUGUCAAUUCUUUUUAAAAUUUAUUAAUCUUUUGGAUGAUGUAAAGGAUAUGCUUCGACUUAAAUUAAAAUUUUGUCGAUUAGGGAUAACUUUAGAAGGAGAACGAGAACGUGUAGGAUUAAAAGGAGCAUUUAAACUUCGAAAUCUUUAUGCUAAGGCAUCAGCUGAAUGGUUAGAACAAGCAGUAUUCUUUGAAGAUCCUCGCGAUGAUGAUGGAACUGGAACUAUUAAUAGUUCAGGACAUUCAAUUAAAUCCGCCACUAAUGAAUCAGAACUUUAUCUAAUGGAUUUAGCAGUCUUAUCAUCCAAAUGUUUACUGUUACAAUUAGAAGAAAUUGUCCUUGAAGUUCCAGAAGGAACUAAAGAUACAGAAAUUAGAAAGUAUAAAGAUUUAGCCUUUGGCAAUUAUUUCUCAAUCUUUUAUAAGAUUAUUCAAAAGUAUUCAGUAAUUAGUAUUCCCACCACUAAAUCAAGACAUAAGAUUAAUCAAAUUAUUGAGAAUAUUCUUAAGAGUGUUCUGAAUAUUUUAAAAUUCGAUACAGAUAUAGGCAUGCAAUUUGUAUUACCCAUGGGAUAUCAUCCAAAUAAGAAGAUACGAUCAAUCUUUUUAAGUGUAUUCUCAUAUAUGUUAGCGUCUCGAAAGAGUAAGAAAUCUAAAGAUGAAUAUCCUGAACAUAUAAUUGAAAAAUUACUGGAAAUUAUUGAUAUUUAUGGAGCAGUGGCAGAAGUAGCAUCUCUGACGGAACAUAGUUUAUUUUCUUCAUCAUUAUUUGGAAUCUUUGGGUAUACUAAGAAAUUAGAUGGACUCUUUAGAAUUCUCUUAAAUGAAGAAUUUAAUAAUGUUACUCGAUCUUCCGAUAUGUUUAGAAGUAAUUCAACUUUAACGAGAUUACUUUCGAAUUUCGUUAAGGAUUAUGGUACAGAAUAUCUUGUUACAACUCUUAAACCAUUUGUACAAGAAUUAAUUGAUAAUGAUAUUAUAUGUCAAGUUGAAAAAGUUGAAACUACCACGACUGAUACAGAAUUAUUUAUGAAAUAUUUUAAUCAAUUAGUAGAUAUAAUUACAGAAUCUAUAGAUAAUAUUCCUGAUUCAUUUAAAUUCAUUUGUUCAGAAAUAUAUAUUUGUGUGGAGAAGAAAUUUACUGAUUCUGCUUUAAUUGCCGUGGGUUCAUUCUUAUUUUUAAGAUUCAUAUGUCCGGCUAUAGUUAGUCCUGAAGUAUUUCUUGAUGUAACCAUUACUAAUCCCAAAGUAAGAAAAACAUUAAUUCAAUUAACUAAAGUCUUACAAAAUAUCGCCAAUGGAUCUUUAAGUUCAUUAAAAUUACCUGGGUUAGCAUCUAAAGUUGAAGAAAUUAAUCUUGCUAAUAUUAAAGUAUUUGCCUUUAUGAAACAAGUAGCCACUCAACCAUCUCAUGGAUAUCCAUUUGAAAGUAUUCCUAAGAAACCCGUGGCAGAAUUACGGUAUUUACAUAAAUUCAUUUAUACUUAUUUUGUUAAUAUUAAGAUUCAAUACUUAACAUCGACCAAUAAUACUACCCCACUUCAUGAAAGAAUUCAAACAUUUAAAUUAUUUGAUGAAAUUGCUCAUGAAUUAGGGUAUGCUAAACCUUCAGUACAAUUACAAAUUAAUGGUACCAGAACAAUCGAUCCAAAUAAUGUGGCUAAUAAUCAGUAUAAUGAUUUUAUGACUAAGAUGUCCUUAGAGUAUAAUGAGAAAUCCAUUGAAACUACCGCCAUUGAAAAUUCCAUCUUUUCUGAUGGAACUCCCGUAGUACUUAUGCACUUUAAACAAUUACAUCGUCAACUUAAUAAUGAUUUACAUUUAAUGGUUUAUAAAUAUUUUGAAACUGCCUCUCAAGUAUGGGAUAAUAAGUUUUAUGUGGUAUUAAAUUUUACAGAAUUAGUACUCCCAGAAGGUUAUGAUUCAUUAUAUAUUAAUCUUAUAAGUACAUAUGCUCCCGAACAAUUAUUUAAGAAUUGUGCAAGAAUUUAUUAUUAUAAUAUUCCUCGUUCAGGAUAUAUUGGAUUAACCAAUGCUAUGAGGAAAUUACGACAAAUUGGUGCUGAAUUUGGGACAAAGAUAUAUACUUAUUCUCAAGUAGAUCCACCCGAAAUUAUUCAUAGUUUAUGUUUAGAUGCAGAAACUAUAUCGAUAUUAAGAGAUACAAAAGUUAUCUUUAAUCAUGUGAAAGUAUAUGAUGAAAGUACUCAAACUUAUUCACCAAUAAAUCUUCGAAUUGGUAGAAGAUGGUUACAAUUAUGUUCAGAAGAAGAAAUUUCAUUUAAAGGUCCAGCAUGUGUAACGGAUAGUUUUGUUCCAGUAGAAAUUUAUCGAUUACUGGAAGUUAAUAAAUGUGAAAUAUCAAAUUAUACUGGUCAUGCUGAUGAAUUUACCGUCAAUUUAAGUUUUGGUCAUAAGAUCACCAUGAGAUCUCAUGAACGACUGGAAAUUUUACGAUUUGUUUAUUUUACAACAUCUCGAUUAACUAAAGAAAUUAAAAGUGCCGAUGAAAGAUCUCUGGGAGGAAUGGAAAUUGAACAUAAUAUGCAUUGGUUUGGUAGAUUAUAUAAUAUUGUAUUCCAAGGAUUAUUAUGUAAUGAUGAUGAAGUAAGACUUUCUUCUUCUUUAUUAUUUGGAGCUUUAUCAACUUAUUUUGAUAUUGAUUUUGGUAUAGAUUGUCAUCAUGCAAAAUCCAUUGCCUUUCCUGCCAAUUCAACUCAAUUUGUCGUAUCUGUAUCAACUCAUUUAUCAAAUAAUUUACCAACAUUAUCAUAUAGAUUCUUUAAAGCAUUUUUUGAUAAUUAUGAUAAAUUACCCGAAGAAAAUAAAUUAAGUUCUAUCAUAUAUAUUUCUCCCUGGAUUAGAAAUAUUUAUGAUUAUAUUUAUCUUGCUAGUGAAGAGAAUGGAGCCGGAAGAUUAGCUGAACUUGUUCGACAAUUUUGUCGAAUUCUGGCUCUUAAUAAAGAUCAUAUUGCAUUUCUUAAUGAUUAUAUUUGGAAACGACUCUUUAGUGAAACUCGAUUAAUUUCUGUAUUGGUUGAUGAAGUCGUGGCCUUUGCUGUUGAUAAUAAAAAUGAUACUGAUUGGUCAUUUAUUAUUGCCACUAUAAGUCCAUCAAUUGAAGUUAGUGGAGAAGUGGUAUCUCGAUUAAUUAAUUGUGUUAAUAAAGCUAAAAAACAUGAAUCAUCAAUUGCAUCUCAAAGUCGAUUAUUUGAAAUUAAAGUACUUGUAAAGAUAUGUUCUUCAUUAUUCUUUAAUUCUUAUACUUUAGCUCGACUUUAUGUGGCCGAUAUCUUUUUCUUUUGUACUUUAUUCAUUGAUAAUAUUUAUUUGGAAUUUGGAGCUGAUUUACAGAAAUUAGUGAUAAAUAUCAUUCAAUCAUUUUUACAUAAACCCGAAUUAACCAAUCAACAAGAAAUUGUCGUGGAUGAUACCAUUACUUAUUUUAGUAGUCAACGAGCUAAGAUGUUAUUUGGUAUGACAAGAGAUAUUACUAGUUCAUCAAUGGAUAUUGGACAAAUCUAUAAUCGAGCCACUAAUUUUGAAAUUCUUUGUGAUUACCUAAAUGAUUUUAUUAUGGCUAUUGGGUCAACUGAUGAUACAAAACUUUGGCGAGCUCGUUGGUGUUCUAAUGCUAUUGAUGUAGCAUUUUCUAAGGAUUCAUUAUUUCAAAGUCGAGGUAUAUUAGUAUAUGGAAUUCUUGCCAAAAGUGGAAUUAAUGAUUCAACCGCUUGUCGAGGAUUAAAAUUAAUUGCUAAUGGUGAUGUAAGUACUUUAGAAUAUACUACUAGUAUAACUAUUGCUACGGCUAGAGUUAUUCAAGGAUUACCCAAGACAUCUAUAUUACCUCCCGUAUUAAUAUGGCCUCAAUUUUGUUUUGGAUUAAUGAAUUAUUCAGUAUUAUAUCAACCAUCAAUUCAAUGUUUAGUUAAUUGUCUUGAAAAAAUCUUUGAAGUUGGACAAGAUUAUAUUGAUAAAUCAUUUGAACAACGAUUAUUUCUUGAACCAUAUAUUUCUGAAUUUGAGAAAUCUUAUAAAUUUGAAAUUACUCAAGAAAAUUUUGGAAUUCAUAUAUUCUUUGUAUUAACUCAAGGAUUAAGAGUUAGUCAUUUUAAACAUACAUCAAUUACUUGUUUAAAACAAUAUUUUACUUUUAGAUAUAAAUAUAGAAAUCGAAGUGAAGCUGAAGGAAUAUAUGCUUCAAAUAAUGCCCUUGCUUAUCUUUUAUUCAUCUUUUUAAGUACUGAUGAAAAUGAAUUUGAUGGAUUUAUUAAACAACUUGGUUUACAAACUGAUUAUGUUAGUAUUACUAAUGGUAAACUUCCAAGAAUUAUUGUUGAAUUUCUUACUAGAAAUAAUUAUGUUUCUCAAAUAUCUCUUAUUCAUGCUGCUUAUUUUGUUGAAUCUAAAUCAAUUGAUUCAGUAUUUAAAACAAAAUUCUUACAACUUUAUGAUUAUAUAUUUAGAAGAGUUCCUGAACUUGGUUUAUUAGUAUAUCAUAUAGUUAAACCAGCAUUAGAACAAUCAUUUUUAACUUCCAAUUCAACCGAUCUUGUUGAAACUAUUUCAAAGAUUAUGAUUUCUGUAUUUUCUUCAGAUACUUAUUCACCGGCUAUUUAUAAGGGGAAAGUUGAUGAAGUUCUUCAAGCUCAUAAAGUACUGAUAGUUAAAGAGAAUAGGAAAAUGAGAAGUCCUGAAGGUCUUCAUGCCACUCAUGCAUUUGAAAAUACCAUAUCUUCUGAUUUAAAGAAAUUACAAAUGAUGCUCUAUAGAAGUGCAUGUUUAUUUGUGGAAGGCUCACGAUUAGAGGAUUGAUAAUUAAGAAUUAAGAAUUAAGAAUUAAGAAUUAAGAAUU